AGGCCGGGGGCCCUGUCUCCGGCUGCGACGGGUUCCCCAGCCCGGUGUCCGACAGGGAUGUGCUGGGCUACGGCAACCCGGCAUGCCGCUAUGAACCCUCCGUGGAGGAGCCGGUGGUUCCGAGAAUGGACAGAGCACCCCUCGCGGAGGACGUCGCCGUCCUCCUCCCGAGCAACAGCGUCAGGGAGAGGGACACGGAUACCCGACGACGCGUCGAAGACGUACCCGUUGCAGCGAGGCGUGCACGUCUGGAAGCAGUACGCGGAGUACCACGGCUAUUCCAUCUACAGCGGCAUGCCCGAGAACGCGGACGUCGACUGCCCGGGGCUCGAGGAGCGGCACGGGGCGUGGACCAAGCCGUGCAUGGCCAUGCAGUUGAUCAAGAAACACAAGUACCUGAUCAUAGUGGACAGGGACACCACGGUGCUCAAGCCGCGCCUGCGCCUGGAACCGCUGUUCCGCAUGGCCGGGCUCAUGGAGAAGAACCCGCAGAGGGUCAUGGCCGUGGCCCAGGAGAGUGGGGCUCCUGCAGCAGGGGCUUCCGCUCCCCGCAGAGCGGCGACGUCAACACCGGUGUCGUGCUCGUCAGGCCCUGCGUCGACGGCGGGUCCGUGUGUCGACGCGGCGGCGACGCCACCAUCCAGAGGAGGGAAAGGUACCCAUUGGUCGUUGAAAGCACCGGUACGCCGGUGACGUUGGUGUACCGCAACUUCUUGGAACAAUUCCCGUACUACCACCGCGCCGAGCACGGAGCAGUGA